AUCCUUUCAGAUUUUCUUCACCGAAAUCCUACUUUUCCAAGAGAUGUCUUUGAGGGGAAGGAAAGGUCUAUUUUUUAUUUGAAUUGCAUUCCUCAAAAGGGUCUUCGAUGGCUUUAGUAAUUGUGAGUUCCUGGUGAUCCAUUCUCCCCAUGAAUAUUCUCUCAGACCCAUUUCGAAAAACCAAUUUUUUUCUCUGUAAUUUUUCAGAUUUCGAACCUUCGGACUUGAGAAAGAAAUAGUAUCAUCAUGACUUCUGCAAUGUGGGAUUUUACCGAUCUAUAAUAAGCGGCACCUACCCAUUACAAUCUUCUCAUCCUCUUCUAUUUUGCUUCGUUUUGGUUUAUUCUCCAAAAUCUAGAGAAAUGUAUGGAACCCAUACGACAAGGGACAUCUCCCAUGAAUUUCAGCAGCAAAUGCCAUAUUGGAAACCCAGCAUCCACACCAGAAGAGCAAACAUCAUUGUCAAAUUCCAAGAUCUUUAUGGGUUUACUGUAGAAGGGAAUGUCGACGAUGUGAACGUUUUGAACGAGGUAAGAGAGAAGGUGAGACAGCAAGGCCGUGUAUGGUGGGCUUUGGAGGCAAGCAAAGGCGCAAAUUGGUAUUUGCAGCCUCAGAUUUCUUCCAAUACCGAAGGCAUUGCUGUGUCCUCCCUUAAGUUAUCGGUACUCACCAAUACAAUUGCCUUGAAGAAGCUCAUAAGGAAGGGAAUCCCACCUGUUCUACGACCUAAGGUCUGGUUUUCUGUGUCUGGUGCGGCCAAAAAACGAUCGACAGUGCCUGAAAGCUAUUACGAAGAUUUGACCAAUGCUGUUGAUGGGAAAGUCACACCUGCUACACGGCAGAUCGAUCAAGAUCUACCACGAACUUUCCCUGGUCAUCCAUGGUUAGACACUCCAGAGGGUCAUGCAGCUUUGCGACGUGUUCUUGUUGGCUAUUCUUUCCGGGAUUCUUGUGUUGGAUACUGUCAGGGUUUAAACUAUGUAGCAGCAUUGUUGUUGCUAGUGAUGAAAACCGAAGAAGAUGCAUUCUGGACGCUUGCUGUCCUUUUGGAAAAUGUCUUAGUGAAUGACUGCUACACUGAUAAUUUGUCAGGAUGCCAUGUUGAGCAAAGGGUUUUCAAAGACUUGCUAGCUAAGAAGUGCCCAAGGAUAGCUGCACAUUUGGAUGCUUUGGGUUUUGAUGUCUCCCUUGUCACCACAGAGUGGUUCCUAUGUCUCUUCUCUAAGAGCUUGCCUUCAGAGACAACCAUGCGAGUGUGGGAUGUCCUUUUCAAUGAAGGGGCAAAAGUUUUAUUUCAUGUCGCCUUGGCUAUAUUCAAGAUGAAGGAAGAAGAGUUGUUAAUGACCCAUCAAGUUGGUGAUGUAAUCAGUAUCCUUCAGAGAACAACCCAUCAUCUCUUUGAUCCUGAUGACUUGUUGACAGUGGCUUUUGAUAAGAUUGGUUCCAUGACAACCAACACUAUAACAAAGCAAAGGAAAAAGCAAGAACCAGCAGUCAUGGCAGCACUCGACCAAAGAUUAAGACGGCUAAAUUCUCUAAAGAUGGAUGACAAAUAACUGGUUUUGGUAACAAGUUGAUCACAGAAUGUGUCAUAGCCAGCACCCAGUUUAGGCCUGGUGUUCCUUCUAGAGAUAGGAUUGUUUUAUGGAAAGCUUCCAAAAGUGGGGGUAGCCUGUUUACAGAUAUGUUUUCAGGCUGUAAUAUGGGUAAAUGUAUGUACAUUUCAGUUGUGAUAAAAUAUACAAUCACACUGCAACUCAGGUCAGGGCUUUGGUGGA